CGCGCGCACGUCACGACACUCUCAGAUGCAGGGCAACGGGGCAGACCACUCAUCCCCAAACUGCCAGGAACAGGGUACAGUUGACCCUGGUCUGCCACCAGGUGUGGAGGGCUGUUUCCCAGUGAGGAGGCCUUUCUAGGUGGUAGGAAGCAUGAUGAGUGGAAAGAGCCUGCUGCUAAAGGUCAUUCUGCUUGGGGACGGAGGAGUGGGCAAGUCCUCCUUGAUGAACCGUUAUGUCACAGACCGCUUUGACUCCCAGUCCUUUCACACCAUCGGUGUGGAGUUUCUCAACCGGGAUCUGGAGGUUGACGGGCGCCUUGUCACUCUUCAGAUCUGGGACACAGCCGGUCAGGAGCGCUUCAAGUCCCUGCGCACGCCCUUUUACCGAGGCGCCGACUGCUGCCUGCUCACUUUUGCUGUGAACGACCUGCAGAGCUUCCAGAACCUUGGCAGCUGGAAGAAGGAGUUUAUGUACUACUCGGACGUUAAAGACCCGGAGCGGUUUCCUUUUGUGGUACUUGGCAAUAAGGUAGACAUGGAGCAGAGGGAGGUGGGGGAGGACGAAGCACGGGCGUGGUGUGAGGAGAAUGGAUGCUGUCCUUACUUUGAAACCAGUGCUAAGGAUGACACUAAUGUCACAGCUGCAUUUGAGGCAGCCGUCAGAGAGGUUCUGGCUGCUGAGGACCAGAUUGACCAUGCACUUCUGGGUAGUACUAUUGAUCUCCAUGGCAACCGCAAAUCCUCUCGUGCAUCUUGCUGCUGAUUGGUCAGAUGUGAAUCGACCGUGUCUUAAUUUCUCUGGCUUAAACUUGCCUGAGGCAGUUUUUAGAGCCAUUCAGAUAUUGUUUAUGGUACAUACUGUAGGUACAAGGUACUGAGCAGCAUUCACUAAAGAUAAUAUGGAUAAGAUACAGGUUCUGCAAGAAGGGUGGUGCGAAGGAUUCAGCUGGUGUCUAGAUUGUUGAAUUAUUGCUGUAACCAAGGUACAGGCACACUGCAACAGGCACACUCCUCUUUUGUGCCCUCUCUGCUUUCACUGGUGUUGCACAAGAACAUUUUACCUAGCCUCAGCUUUGUCUUCCUAUGCAGGGGUUUUUAAUCAAACAGUGCUUUGAAAGCAUUUGUUUUAAUUAGAAGAAUUACAAUUUCAGUUAAUACAGAGACCAGCUCUUGUGAAGAGCACAUUCUACCUUUGGCACAGCAACACAGCUGGUUUUGUAACUGCUUGACUUUCUAUCCACGAGUGGAUUUUACAAUAUUUUUAGAGAAGGACUGAGUACAACAUGACCUUCUCUUUAUAUUAAAUAUGCUAGCAGUGACCAGUGUGAUCUGAGGUACGAGGAAACGGGAUGAGUUCUGCAUAUAAAAGGAAGAUGUUCUUGUUUGCCUUCCAUUGGAAGUGAACUGUGAGUUUUAAUUUUGCAGCUUUGACUGCAAGCAUUGGGUACAGGCGGUAGUGGUGCUCUCAUGCAUUUGAUCAAUAGAUAUAUUACCACUGACUGCACUUCUGUGUUAGGAGUUGACUGAUAUAGUUUAUGGUACUUAUUAGCAAUCAGGGAGACCAACAUUUGAGAAUUCCAGCAAAUACACAUCAGCAGGAAAACUUUUGAGUCAACAUAACACAAACAUUUCUAUCAUUUUGUCCACACUAUUUAUAUCAAUACAAGUCAACAUCUCCAAACACCACAUUCUCCAAAAUGGCCAUUAAAUUAAAUCAAUAACUCUGAAAACAACAUUAAUAAUGAAAUAAAUGAACAUUAAAGCUUCCGCGAAACAAGGAUUUAAUGAGCAACUGGUGUAUUAGCCUAAAUGUAUUUUCUUAUUUGCUUUUGGUGUUGAGUACAGAGAGUGGUGGCUGCGUCAGAGCCAAAUUAGCACGUCAUUUAUGAUCAGUUGGAUAAAAAAAGAUUCUGAUAAUUGUGAAAUGCUAAAAUAUCCAUUCAUAUAACUGCACAGUACACAAGAGGCAUCAAGCCUACAACACGGGCAUUGGAUCAUAUUUAUUUGUCAUUAUUUAUGUAUAUGGCUCUGUUUACUAGUUUAAGUUUAUUGACUCUCAAAGUUCAGAAAUGACACUGCAGUUGUUGAUGAGCUCCUGUCCAGUUUUUUUCUGAUAAGCAUCCAUUUACAUUUUCCUUUUAACAGAUAUUAGUCUUUCUUUCUACACUUUCUACAUUAGUGUUCUGUGUGUAAUCAGGGGCAGGUUAAAGUCGGUGCAUCUCAUAUGCUGAGAUGAGAAUAUUUAGAAUAAGUAUUCAUUUUCCGAGCCAUGGUUGAUGUUACUGUCUUAUGUCUGUUUUAUCAUUUUACAGUGUAGCAGGACCUAACAUUACAGUUGUUAAGCUCUGCCUAUUCCGUUGAGUUACAUGCACUUUGUGCUUUCAGUGUGGUCAUUUUAGGUCUCAGGUGAAUGUGAAGUAGCAUGAGCACAAGGAUAGCUAUGACUUAUGUGUCACUGUCACCUUUACUUUCUAUUCAUGCAGCAUUGUGUGAAACUUGCAACAUAGUAUUCUGAAAACUUGGAUGUGUACUUGUAUUCCUCUGAGCGGUACUUUACUUUUAUACCAGUGUUUUUACAGAAAGAAGAAUUUGAAUAAGUCCCUUUGGUUUGGUGGCUUUCAGUCAAAGAGCAGUGUUGUUUAUCUGUAAGGGAUUAGAAAAUAUGACUGAUCUUCAGUGCUUUGAGCUGAGUACGAUACGGUUUUAAUAGAUUAUUUUCAGUAUUUCAGUUGCUGCUUGAAUAGCCUUUUAUGUUUCUGCACCAACCAAACCUGUUGCACAAAUACGAUAUUAUGUUUUGUCAUCUGAAUGCACAAAAUUGCUUCGGUUUUCAUGGUGGCCCCAUGUUCUCAUACCUUUUUUUUUUUGUCUCUUGUGUUGAUGUUAUUUUGUCGUUUCUCAUUCUGAGAUCACAUUAUUUGCUUUUGAAACUAUCAUAUAUAUCAAUGUGUAUGCAGGUGAAUAUGAACAGACUAAUCAGGUACUGACAUAUUGGCAUAAUUACAUGGUUCGAGUUCCUUGUUUUCAUGUAGGACUGUAAAUUCAUUGAUUUGUGUUUAUGUUCACUGAUGAAAGUUUUAUAAGAUGUGCUAGUGGUACUCACAGAUUACGAACGGUAGUUUAACUGUGAAAGGAGUUUGGCAUUCUAAGAGAACAGAGCUACAUAAUUCAAGGUAAAAAAAAAAAAAUCAGGGCUGAAAGUUUGUCUGACUUAAUGCAGUCUAGAUUAAACAGAUUACUUUGUGUUCUCACUGUAAUGUUUCAGUUUAUAAACUGUUCAGAUAAUGUAGCCUACCACCGUGUUUACCUGAAAUCUAGAAUACUUGCGAAUGAGCGCAUACUGUAUUUACUGUAUAAGCUGGCAUCAAAACCCUGCAGUAUAUUGCUCUCAUGUUGUCCAUGUCUUCUCUCACUGCAACCUAUUGUCAGUAUUUCUUUUUCUUUAAAUAAUGCUGUAAUAUUUAUGAAUGUAAAAGCUUAUUUCUUUGGCCUAUCCAUAUUAAUGGCUUAUGUCAGUUGCAACGGGCAUUCAUUUUCUAAUUACGAACAAAAUGACAGUGAACGUCUGUCUCAUUUUGUGCUCAUCCCACGAGUGUGAUCCAGGUUGUGUGAACGACUGUGUGUUGAACUAAUCGACAACUUCUCGUACUCCUCUUUUUGCACUACAGAGGAUAAGACUGGUUGUGCCAACAUGCUGGCAAAGUGUUGAAUACCCUCCAGUGCUUGGCUUCAAAUAAAUCAUGCAACGUACCAAAACGAAA